AUGCGCACACGGACGUUACACCUUACGACAUUCCUUGUCCUUUUCCCUUUAACAUUUGCAGUGGUCUUAUGGAUAGCACUUGUUAUUUCUCGGUUGGUAUGUCCCUUGGAUACUACAUUGAAAGUCAAGGAUAAUAUUGGAUCUUGGACUUCUACUGCGGAUGAAUAUUCUUCUAUGGGUAUCCCUUAUUCGACACAACCUCUUGACCAUUCACACCAUAGUUCUUCAACUCAUACAUCAAUAUUGGAAUAUCUUUGUCAGCAUACGUUUUACUUUAUUACAAUGGUGUUCUUUUUUUCCCUGGCUAUAUGUAUUUCCAUAAUGGCAAGCCGAUCUUUUGACAAGAUACCCUAUGGCUACUUUGAUCACUAUACCUGGAAACAAUCAAAGGACUUCAACGAUGAUAAAACAGACGUGCCAUCACAACCUACACCAACAUCAACAUUAUCAUCAUCACCAACUUUGUCUUCAUCACCCAUAUCACCUAGAGAUUAUCAACAAGAACGACAUUCUUUAUCUUGUCCUGUUAUUGAAAAAACAACUGAUACUGCAGAUGAAUCACCUGUGAUACCAGCUCUACUGCCCACAAUACCGACUACUAUUGAAAAGUGUUCAAUAGAUGGUUUCUCUUCAUCAAAAAAGACACAUUCAAAUGCAACAGCAGUGGACAAGCGAAGGAAGAAACGACCCAAGCAAUCGAAAAAGAAAGAACGUGGAAAUAAGCGACAUUCAACAUUGGAAAAGAACGAAGAGGAAACAACUGUCAAAAGUGAAUCAUCUUCAAUGACAACAGCAGGAGAAUCUAUCACAAGUCAGCAGGCGGCGAUCAUUGUACCACCAUCUGCGGACAUUCAUCAUACCUUACCACCAGCCUCAUCAAUGACAACCACUACAAUCAAACCAUCAUCCACAAAUGUUACACAAACCCAACCUUCUCAUAGAGCAUCGAGCAUGAUGACUACGGCAAUAGAUUCAUCUCCUCCUUCACCUCCAUCACCAACAAAACCUGUAGUGUCCAAACCAAAAAUCACAACAAAGCAAACAAAUAUAUCAACAUCGACAACAUCCAACUAUGUAAAAGGUCCUACAACACCGCCAUCAGCUACAUCUCCUACAUCUCCUACUCCUAUGGUGACUAAGAUCAUAUCGAAUCGGAAAGAUACGUCAACCUCUGUUGCUACGCCACCAUCCACAGUGACAUAUGCUUCAACCAUACCUACAACUCCAAAUGUAUUCAAUGGAAAUACUCGGCAAAGUUGGUAUUCACCUUUCAACACUGGAAUUGAGUUUGAUAUAAUAUCAAGAUCGCCACCUUCACCUGCACAUACCUGUGUCUCAACGUCAUCGACUUCUUCUCCUCCUUUAUCUUCUUCGUCUUUGAACUGCAAUGAUUAUCGUUUAUUCACGGAUUCCACAUCAUCACGACCUACUACGACAGCAUAUCAUCAUCAAUUACAACAACAGUCUCAUCAUCAAACAACUCAUUUACCAUCUGUUCAACAUCAUCAUCAACAAGAACAACAACAACAACAACAACAACAACAACAACAACAACAACAACAACAACAACAACAACAACAACAACAACAACAACAACAACAACAACAACAACAACAACAACAACAUCAUCAUCAUCAUACUUAUCAUAUUCAACAAUCACAGCAACAUUAUCAACCUCAUCUUCAAAAUUAUCAACAAUCACAUAUAGCAAAAGGCAGCACGUAUGAUCAAAUUGUAUAUGGAAUGGGAUCUUCGGCAACAAUACCAUCACACUUUCAUGAAUCAUCAUCAGGUAUAAUUCGAUUACCACGUACAACAACAACAACAACAACAGCUCGUUUACCAUCUCCACCCAUGCCAUCAUCACCUGUGAUUGCACCACCUAUUAUCUCAACUACAACUCCAACUGGAGCCGCUACUUUUCCUUUUUCCAUAUGGUAUCCAUGGAGACCAAGAACGGAAGUAUCUCAGCUUCAAGUAUCAGGUAGUCAAGAUGAUAGGGCGCGUCAAGAUCAAGAUGAAACAACAUUCUAUGAACAACCCUCCGCUUCUUCCUUCUCUUUAUUUGAUCGAAAGAUAUCCUUUCAAGCAACUGGAGGUCGAACUUCGCAACAGCAAAAUCAUCAUCAUCAUCAAGUAUAAUUUAGAUCUAGUCAUUAUAGUUUAUACUUGUGUAUUCCCCUCUCUCUCUCUUUUUUUUUUUUUUUAUGUUAUC